GAUGACCAACGUGUCGGUGCAUACAUAAAAUAUAGUAAAAUCGAUUUUGUGGAUCAAAUAAAUUAAUAAGUGAAAAUAUUUGUGAGAAAUACAAAGGAUAUCCCUAGUGAGAAAGUGAAUGAAUUAUACAGAAAUAUAGAAAAAUGUCCUUCAAAUCAAAUGUGUUGUGGUGUGCACUACUACUCUGUGUUAUAUGGUGUGCAAAUGUCGAAGGUGGGUUCUACCCCUUAAAUUUGCAUAAAAAUCAAAAAUUUAGCGCCGAAGUUCGUACGUCCAGCAGUGAGGUACAGAAUGAGCACAUUAUGUGGAUACACGAGAUGAAGAAAUUGCGCAAACAUAUCAAGGAUUGCAUGCAGCAAACGAGCGAUUCUAUGUGGCACUGUUUUAAAACGAGUAGCGUACAUAUAUUCGAUGACAUCCUCUCCUCCAAUGUGAUAUCCCUGUGGCCUGGGGUACGACUAGUGCGUGAGCACACAACACCGAAUGUAACGAACGAAAUUCAGCCGAAGAGUAUCAGCGAGUAUUAUGAACGUAAGGAUCUACAGCAUCUUACCUGGUUCGAUCAACUCGCCAUGCGGCUGGCACAAACGUUGAGCACACAUUUUUUGCAAGUGAAUUUGCAGGAGCUAACCGACGCUUACAUGCGUGCCUUGGAAAGCGACGCAAAGAAUAAUAAAAUGGUUGCCGAUGAGCUGGGUACCGCACGUCAUCGUCGCCAACGCUACAAUAUGAUGAUAACGAUGAUGUUCGGUGUCACCGCUUUGGGUGCUGUGCUUGUGCCCAUGGGCUUUCAGAUGCUCUCCAUUGUGAGUGGCAAAGCUUUGCUAUUGGCGAAAAUGGCGCUGCUGUUGGCCUCCAUCAAUGGCCUGAAGAAGGUCGCCAAUAGCGGCAUUCACUACGGUCUCUAUCAUGUGCCGGGCGAACAUUACGGCUAUUACGAUCGAGGCGAUGUUCCACACCAUCCCAGACAGGUGGCCAGUUUUGCUAUUGCUCAACCAGUUACCGAGGAAUUGGCUUUAAAGAAAUGAUAAAAUUUUGUUGAAUUGAGUUAGUAAAAUUUUCUAAAACUAAGUAAAUAAAUAAAUAACUACAACAUGUAACUUUUUAAUGCAUUUAUCAUACAAUGUAAAGGAUAUGUAUUUGUUAUAAAAUCGGAAAAUAAGAAUUAAUAUUUCUCUU